UUUUAUCAUAGAGUAAAAUUAUAUAUAAAUUUAGUGCACAAUGCAUUUGACGCUAAUUAACUUCUUCAAGAAAACCGUUCCCGGUCACAUAUUUCGCGGCAUGCGGCGUCUCAUCAAGCCGGUGAGCAAAAACGCGAUGGAGUCGCUAAAGCGGGAAUACGAGCGCCAGGAUCAGAUAAUGCUCCUACUCAGGCAUCCUUACCUUACAGUGGAGGAAUCAUCAGGCCAUGCCAAAGAGCUGCAGAAACGCGAGAAAAUGGUGGCCAAGUGGACCGAGGCACAGACAUUGAGCAAAUUGAAGCCGCAUGUCACCAUUGAGGAGCGCUUGAAUCACCUGAAGGUCAAAGAAACUUGGGAUUAACUUUUGAGUGUGUGCGCCUGUUAAUUUUUGCAUUAAUUCAUACUAGCAAUUAAAUAUUGAUACAAACAUAUUUACAUAACAAUUGUUCAAAUGUUCCCGUGUCAACUAUACCAUAUAUAUACCAACAAACUUC